UUGAUCUCUUGGGCAGGGCUUAGGCCCCCGUCUCUAUAAACAAAAACGGCAGACCCAAAAGCGAACAAAACCUGGUUAGCCGGUGGUAGCAAAACAUAAACCCUAUCUCUUUAACUCAAAUCGUUUCUCUUUCAAUCAUAACAAAGGUAACAGAAAGAAGCAUCAAAUGACACCAGCCUUCCAUCUCUUUAACUCAAACCGUUCUUCUCUCAAUCUCCAACACUACCUCUGUCUUUCUCAUUACACCACCACAACACCUCCAUCAAUUGCAAAACAAUUCCAAGAACAUCAUCGUCAUCAACAAAACCAAACAAACCCUCUCCUUUCAAGCCUUGAAAGAAAAAGCCACCAACGUUUGAUUUCCCUCAUAAAAUCAUGCACCCAAAAGUCCCAUUUGCUCCAAAUCCAUGGCCAUCUAAUCCGCAACUCGCUCCUUCACUACCCUGCCAUUUCUCUCCCUUUCUUGUCUGGCAUGGCACUCUCUCCCAUCCGAGAUAUAUCAUAUUCCCGCCAAUUUUUUUCUCAAAUUCCGAACCCAUCUGUAUUUCUAUACAACACAUUAAUAAGAGCUUAUUCUAUGAGUAACUCUCCUAUUGAAGGGUUCUUUAUGUACCAAGAAAUGAGAAAGAAUGGUUUACGUGCAGAUCCUGUAACUUUAUCUUUUGUUAUCAAGUGUUAUAUUAGAGUUAGUUCGUUAAUUGGUGGUGAACAGGUUCAUGCAAGGAUUUUAAGUGAUGGGCAUCAAUUUGAUAGCUUGCUGCUUACUAACCUGAUGGAUUUGUAUUCGCUUUGCGAUAAGGGUAGCGAAGCUUGCAAAGUGUUUGAUGAAAUGCGUCAAAGAGACACUAUUGCUUGGAACGUGUUAAUUUCUUGUUAUAUGCGUAAUCGUAGGACUAGAGAUGUUUUGGUUAUAUUUGAUGGUAUGCUGAGUGGUGAGCUCGGAUGUGAACCGGAUGAUGUAACAUGCUUGCUUCUACUCCAAGCAUGUUCAAACUUGGGCGCGUUAGAAUUUGGUGAGAAGGUCCAUCGUCAUAUUGUGGAACGAGGAUAUGAUAAUGCGACCAACUUGUGUAAUUCGCUUAUAGCAAUGUAUUCGCAGUUUGGGAAUUUGGACAAGGCUUUUGGUGUGUUUAAGGGCAUGCACAAUAAGAAUGUGGUUACAUGGAGUGCUAUCAUUUCUGGUCUUGCUAUGAAUGGAUACGGGAGAGAAGCUAUUGGAGCAUUUGAAGAGAUGCUAAAAAUGGGUGUUUUGCCUGAUGAUCAGACCUUUACUGGAGUUCUGUCCGCUUGUAGUAAUUGUGAGUUGGUUGAGAAGGGGAUGAUAAUCUUUGCUAGAAUGAGCAAGGAAUUUGGGAUAGUGCCAAAUAUUCAUCAUUAUGGAUGUAUGGUUGACCUUCUCGGGCGUGCUGGUCAGCUUCAUCAAGCAUAUCAGCUUAUAAUGUCAAUGAGGGUCAAACCAGAUUCAACCAUAUGGAGGACCUUACUUGGGGCUUGUAGAAUUCAUCGCAAUGUUAUACUUGGAGAACAUGUUGUUGAACAUUUGAUUGAACUUAAGGCUCAAGAGGCUGGUGAUUAUAUUUUAUUGUUCAAUUUGUAUUCUUCCGUUGACAAUUGGAAGAAGGUGACAGAAUUGAAGAAGUUCAUGAAGGAGAAGGGAAUCCAAACCACACCUGCCUCUAGUUCAAUUGAAUUGAAAGGUAAGGUCCAUGAGUUCGUUGUGGAUGAUGUUUCUCAUCCACAAAAGGAUGAGAUUUAUGAGAUGUUGGACGAGAUUAGUAAGCAGCUGAAGAUUGCUGGUUAUGUUGCUGAAAUAAUAUCCGAGUUGCCCAAUUUAGAUGCAGAAGAAAAAAGGUAUGUUCAUUCUUAUCAUAGUGAGAAGUUGGCUAUAGCUUUUGGAGUUCUUGCAACACCACCAGGCACGACAAUCAGAAUAGCGAAGAAUCUCAGAAUUUGUGUUGAUUGCCACAAUUUUGCCAAGAUCCUUUCAGGGGUUUAUAACAGACAAGUAAUUAUUACAGAUCAUACUCGGUUCCAUCAUUUUCGAGGAGGACACUGCUCAUGCAGUGAUGAUUGGUAAUGAUACUUUGAUAAUAACUUCGUGAGUUUGAACUUUGAUAAACAUUCUCACAAGUUAGUCGGCAGCUGGGAAGCUUUCUUGCAAACGCUAUGCUCAUUGAUAAGAAAUUUUGGAUUGCAGUCAACCCAUUUGAUUUGGCGAGGCAGAUUUUCACUCUGAAUACUUCUAAUUGUGUGCAGUCCAUAUGUGAAAGACACCCAAAUAUGGUUUAUGACGAUGCACUCUGAAGUUUUCAAAACAUGAAAGGAGAAGGAGGAUUUUGGAACU